AUGCUCCCCUCCGUCGAGCGCCACGCGCGAGAAUGCGUCAAGGAACUAUUCCACUUCAUCGCCGCCCAAGGCCAGGGCGACUACCUCGGCGAACAGGUCUCGCAGCUCGAACACACCCUGCAGACCGGACAGCUCGCGGUCCAAGCCGGCGCGGACGAUGACACAGUGCUGGGCGCGCUGCUCCACGACGUGGGCCGCUUCAUCCCCGCGGCGGCGAAGAUGCCGGCCAUGAUCGCGCCGGACGGCGUCUUCGUCGGCCGCGGCAGCCACGAGGUCCUGGGCGAGAAGUACCUGCGCGGCCUGGGGUUCAACGAAUCCAUUUGCCAGCUGGUGGGCGCGCACGUCAUGGCGAAGAGAUAUCUGACGGCCGUGGAUCAGGGGUACUACGACGGGCUGAGUCAGUCGAGCAAGACGACUCUGAAAUUCCAGGGCGGGACAUUCAACCCGGAGCAGGUCGCCGAGGCGCAAAAGGAUCCCCUGCUACAGGCCAAAUUGGCUGUUCGACGCUGGGACGACAUGGCCAAGGUCCCCAAGAUGGCGACACUGCCGCUGGAAUACUAUGAACGCAUGGCGACCAAGAGCCUCCUCGCAUCGCGAUCUGUCUUUGAACUCCACGGACGAAAAUACAAGAUCCCAGAAAAACCCACAGUCGUCAUCUGCGUUGACGGCUUUGAUCCAGAGUACCUCGAACAAGGGAUAUCCGACGGCGUUACCCCCAACAUGGCCAAGUUUGUCCAAUCGGGCUUCGCUGCCACCGCGAAAUGCGCCAUGCCAUCGUUCACCAACCCCAACAACGUCUCCAUCAUCACCGGGGCGCCAACGUCCGUACACGGAAUCUCGGGAAAUUUCUUCUUGGACCGGACGACUCGAAAGGAGGAAAUGAUCGUGGACGACGCAUUGCUUCGAGGGUCAACCAUCCUGGAGCAGAUGUCGAAGCGAGGCGUGCGUGUCGCUGCCAUAACUGCGAAGGACAAGCUGAGGGCAAUCAUCAACCACGGCCUAAACUGCGCGCGCGGAGACAUCUGUUUCUCAGCCCAAUAUGCCGACAAGUGCACCCUGGCCGAGAACGGCAUAUCUGACAUCGAGAAGUGGCUGGGAAUUCCAGCUCCGGACCAAUACUCAGGGGACCUAUCUCUGUUCGUGCUCAAGGCUGGGAUCAAACUGCUCGAAGAAGACCGGGCUGAUUUCUUCUACCUUACCCUGUCGGAUUAUGUCCAGCAUAAAUUUCCCCCGGGCAGCAAGGAAGCAAAUGCCUUCAUGGCGACUGUUGAUGACUGUGUCGGUCGCUUGGUCCAACUAGGGGCGACUGUUGUCGUGACCGGAGAUCAUGGAAUGAGCGACAAAUCCAAGGAUGACGGAACACCAAACGUCCUUUUCGUUGAAGAAGAGCUGGAUCAGAAAUUUGGCCAGGGCUCCUCGAGAGUCAUCUGCCCGAUCACAGACCCUUUCGUCCGCCACCACGGCGCACUGGGCUCUUUUGUGCGCGUAUAUCUGAGUCGAACAGACAUCAGCAUCGACGACGCCCUAACCUACUGUCGAACCUUUCCAGAAAUCGAAGUUGCCCUAGACGGACCGACGGCUUCUCAGAUGUUCGAGAUGCCCCUCGACCGCGAGGGAGACAUCGUGCUGGUCGCCAAGGAGAAUGCCGUUCUGGGAAGUCGAAAAGAAGAGCACGCCCUCGAAAAUCUGCAUGGCCAUCGGCUUCGCUCCCACGGUGGGCUUUCUGAGCAGUUGAUCCCUCUGUUGAGAUCUCACCCUACCGGCACUCAAGUUGAGGACCGGCAGUGGAGGAAUUUCGAUGCCUUUGACCUGGCUCUUAACUGGUAA